UUAACAGGGAAUCCUCUCGCUGUGCGCUGAAUGUGGUCUGUUGACUUUCUGCUAGCCUUCAGACAGAACAGAAAGAGCCUGUACUGGAAUGCAAAUGCAGUGUUUAGCUAUUUUUGUCGUGUUGCGUUUAACACAUUUCAACACUGUGACCUUAGCGCACACAAAAGCCUGAAGUUUGUAAUCUUUAUCAGUUCAGGUAGCACUUAUCGAGGCUAACGUUACUUUUCAAUGAUGCAGGUGCAGAGAGUCGUUCUCAACUCACGACCAGGUAGAAGUGGGGCGCCAGUUCCCGAAAAUUUCCGCCUUGAGGACAUAACUUUAACACCUGAGUUGAAAGAUGGGGAGGUCCUUGUUCGUACGCUUCACCUCUCAGUCGAUCCUUACAUGCGAUGCAGAAUGAAUGACGACACCGGUGCUGAUUACUUGACUCCAUGGCAGCUGUCUGAGUGCGUGGAUGGUGGAGGUGUUGGCGUGGUUGAGUCCAGCCGCUGCAGCACUUGCACUGAAGGAGAUGCGGUCACUUCUUUCAACUGGCCGUGGCAAACCUAUGCUGUUAUGAAAGGAAGUGUCUUACAGAAGGUUGAUCCACAGUUGGUUGACGGGCACCUGUCCUACUUUUUGGGAGCAGUUGGUAUAACAGGCCUCACUGCACUGUUGGGUGUAAGGGAGAAGGGUAAUGUGACCAAAGGAGCCAAUCAGACCAUGGUGGUGAGUGGCGCAGCUGGGGCCUGUGGCUCCAUAGCUGGACAGAUUGGCAGGCUGGAUGGUUGUGUGAGAGUGGUUGGAAUUUGCGGUUCUAAUGACAAGUGCAGAGCUUUAGUGGAAGACCUGGGCUUUUCUGCAGCCAUCAACUACCACCAAGAGGACGUCCAUACAAGGCUCAAGGAGUGCUGCCCUGAUGGGAUAGAUGUUUACUUUGACAAUGUGGGAGGCGCCAUCAGUGACACUGUAAUCACACAGAUGAACAACGGUGGCCAUGUGAUCCUGUGUGGGCAGAUCUCCCAGUACAACAAGGAUGUGCCGUAUCCUCCGCCCCUGAGUGAGGAGAUAAAGGAAACCCUGCGAAGUAAGAACAUCAGCCGGGAGCGAUUUAUGGUGCUUAACUACAUGAACAAGGCAGACGCUGCCCUCUGUGAGCUCAGUCAGUGGGUUAAGUCCAGUCAAAUCAAGGUGCUGGAAACUAUGGCGAAUGGCAUUGAAAAUAUGGGAGAUGCAUUUUGCUCUAUGAUGAAAGGGGGAAACAUUGGCAAGCAAAUUAUAAAGAUAUCGUAGUGAAGAAAAUCACUGUAGCUGCCAGUAGAGACUGCUCUCACCAGACGCCUUGGGAAAUUAACCUACAGUUGCCUUUCUAUCACCGCCAUUAACACUAACUAAAUGAACACUAGUAAGAUAUUGCAUUGAUUAACUGGUGCUAGUUGGUUACAAUUAUGAAACAUGCAUGAAAAAUCACAGGUUCUUUGAAAUUUUGUUCUUGAGACAAAGAGUAGAGUGGUUAGAAGUUAAAUAAGUCUUGGAUUUUAAUACUUUACUCAAAUACAUCAUUCUGUUAGUAGAAUAAUUCCAAUUAAGUGUAAAAACAAGUAAUCCACUUUGCUUUAGCAUCAUCGUUUAAACUUCUGUUACAGCAGCAAAAGGCUGGCAAGUAGUUGUGAUUUAAUAUCUCCUUACCCAUAAUGUUAAACUAAAGAAGUAGCAUUAGCCUGCCAGCUGAAGUAUUCCAUAUGUAGAUGAUAAAUAUUACAUGCACUGGCAGGUUUAGUUUUAAGAGCUUUAGUUAGCUGAAAUGGCUGGUGUUCAUUUUUCACCAAUGUUUUCAGUUAAGAUACAUACACAUGACCAUCACAUCAUAAAAGCAUGAGGGAAAUUGGAAAUGUGUGGGGAAAUGGGGAGGAGACAAAUGACUUAAAUGUGUAACAAGACCAAACAAAUAGAAAGAGUAAGGACUUUUAAAGUAAGAUGAGCUUGAAAUAAAGAAUAUUAUUAACAGCAUUAUUUAUUGAUAUAAUCAAUAAAUAAGUUAUAUUUUUGACCUUUUUUUUUUUUUACUACAGUCUUGUCAGUAGUUCUUGUUCACUCCGGUGUCACAUUAUGUGACAAUGACAUGAAGACGAACACAAAGUAUAUGAUUUACUGUAAUGAACAUUUUUAUUUCACAGCACUAUAAACCAUUAACAAAAUAAAAUUGUGGUUGGCUCUAA